AUGGUGUCGGAGUGGAUAGCCUGUCUAGAUAAAAGACCGUGUGAUCGCAGCCGAGAAGACUUGGAUAUCAUUUAUUCUCGCCUGAAGAGCGUGAAAGCCUUCGACAGAUUUCACCCAUCUCUUCUACAGCAGAUCUGCUACUAUGGUUACUACGAGGAUUUGGAGAAAGGAAUUACAUUGUUUAGGCAGGGAGAUGUAGGAACCAACUGGUAUACAGUUCUGUCUGGCUGUCUGGAGGUACAAGUGUCAGAAACGGCAAACAUCAAGGAUGCUGUGGUGAUAUGUACCCUGGGUAUGGGGACGUCAUUUGGGGAGUCCAUACUCCACAGUAAACCUCACCAAGCUACAGUCAUGACUAGAGAGUUUACAGAGCUCAUUCGUGUGGAACAGCGUGACUUCAAAAUACUUUGGGAGAGAAACAAGAAACUACUGGAGUGUGUUUUAACUUCACUUGGUUCACUUACUGCACAGGGAGGUACCCAGUCUCGGUUUGACCAUACAUCCAAGUUACGACGAGGAAGUCAGUCCCACACUACUGUAGAAGAUAUCGCACCAAACCCUGCUGCACCAAUCUCUAUGAUCCCAUCUGUGAAGCUGUCUCGGGCUGGCCAUGUAUUGCGUACCAUUCUGAUGUGUCGAGCUGCUCACAUGAUCAGGGACAGGAAGUACCAUUUACGAACUUACCGCCGUUGCAUGGUGGGUAGUGAGAUGGUGGAUUGGAUGUUACAGCAGGGACCACUAGUCCACUCACGAAAUCAGGCGGUGGGGAUGUGGCAAGCUCUUCUAGAGGAUGGCAUUAUCGUACAUGUCUGUCACGAGCACCAGUUUAAGGACAGGUACCUGUUUUAUCGGUUCCGCCAGGAUGACCAAGGGGUUGGCACAACGCCAAGUCACGCUGAUAGAAAGGAGUGUGAUGAAGAGCUGCAGGACACACUUCUGUCGCUGGCUCAGAUUGGGCCUGACGCGAUGAUGAGGAUGAUUCUUCGUAAAUCACCACAUGACCGUUCCACAGAGGAUCUGGAAAUCAUUUAUGAAGAGCUCCUACAUAUAAAGGCCUUAUCUCACCUAUCCACAAUGGUCAAGAGAGAACUUGCUAGUGUGCUCAUCUUUGAGUCCCACACCAAGUCAGGCACAGCUUUGUUCAAUCAAGGAGAUGAAGGAAAAUCCUGGUACAUUAUCCUAAAGGGCUCCGUCAAUGUUGUUAUAUAUGGAAGGGGUGUUGUCUGCACACUGCAUGAAGGAGAUGACUUUGGUAAACUUGCCUUACUUAAUGACGCACCAAGAGCGGCAACCAUCGUGCUCCGAGAAGAUAAUUGUCACUUCUUACGGGUAGAUAAAGAUGACUUCAACAGAAUUCUGCGUGAUGUGGAGGCGAAUACUGUACGGUUAAAGGAACAUGGCAAGGAUGUGUUGGUGUUGGAGAAGAUUCCAAUGAACAGUCAGGGACCUGACGGCACAACACAGACCCAUUAUAGAUAUUCUGUGAUGGCUGGAACACCGGAGAAGAUGCUGGAACAUUUGCUGGAGACCAGUCUUGAGAGUAAAAUAGAAGAGGCCACAGAUAACUUCCUAGAAGUGUUCCUACUAACACAUGUGAUAUUUAUGCCGAGUGAGCAGCUGUGUCCGCCCCUCUUGUCCCACUACCAUGCCAAGGUCAACCAAAAAUCUGACGAAGAGGAUUCAGUUGACUAUGCAGUCACGCAGCGCAAGUGUGUUGUCCAGUUUGUCCAGGAAUGGUUCUGUAUAGCCCCGGAGAGCUUCAAGGAGGAUGCCUCUAUCAGAGAAUUCUUACAUAAACUGCAUGAAUCCCUGAAGGCUGAUUGUACUGAAUAUCCGUCCCUUUUACAAGAACUUACAACUCUUGAAGACAUCAUAAAAUGUGACAAAGGUCCUGUUCAAGUAGAAAAGCCGAGCAAGCGCAGAAUUUCUCCGACUGUCAUUCUCACACGCAGAUUUUCUAAAGAGAAUAUGACGGAUACGCCAUUAACGAGACGACGACCAAUCAAAUCGGACGAUGAAAAUGUGUUUAAGGUGUACUGUGCUGACCAUACAUACACCACACUACGACUACCAAUGGGCAGUACCGCCAAGGACGUCAUACUUCUAGCCCGUGAUAAGUUGUGCCUUGGGAAUGACCUUGUCCUAUGUGAGGUCAAAUCUACUGGAGAACGUCUGAUAUUGAAAGACAACGACUUGUGUAUCACCACUUCUUUAAGUGUGAAUGGACAACUAUUCAUUGCCCCCCGGGAACACAUCGACGCACUGACACCAUUACCAGAACAGGAUGGUCCUACAACAGGCACCAUGGCUGUGUUUGAGAUGAUGAGCACAAAAGAAGUAGCCUAUUACAUGACACUGUAUGACUGGGAACUGCUGGUCUAUGUGGACGAGUAUGAGCUCAUCUAUCAAGUGUUUGGUCGCCACACUUUUGGCAAGAUUACCUCAAACCUAGACGUGCUGCUACGUCGCUUCAACGAAGUCCAGUUCUGGGUCAUCACAGAAAUGGUACUAGCCCAGAAUGUCAGUAAACGGGUACAGCUGCUGAGGAAAUUCAUCAAGCUAGCAUCUCACUGUAAGGAGUACCAGAAUUUAAACUCAUUCUUUGCCAUUGUGAUGGGACUUAGUAACAUUGCUGUCAGCAGGUUGUCACAGACAUGGGAGAAGCUGCCCAGUAAGUUUAAGAAGAUGUUUGCUGAAUUUGAGACACUGAUGGACCCCUCAAGGAAUCACCGUGUAUACAGAUUGACUGUGGCUAAACUUGCCGCACCCAUCAUCCCAUUUAUGCCUCUUCUGAUGAAAGAUUUAACAUUUACUCACGAAGGAAACAAAACUUAUUUUGAUGGAUUGGUGAAUUUUGAAAAAAUGCACAUGAUAGCCCAGACUAUGAGAACUGUACGAUUCUGUAAAAGUCAGCAGUUAGAUUUGGAUGCACCAACGUCGUUGAAGUGUUCAUCAGAAGUUAUUGAGUACAUCAGAAAUCUUCGUGUGAUAGAUAACCAGAGAUUACUAACGCAAUUCUCUUACAAGUUAGAACCUCGGAGGACUUGACACUGUUUAGGGUAAUGAAAUGGUUGGAGAUACAGUGACCUACAGGUUGCCUAGGGUCAGUCCUUCAAACAUGGACCUGUGUGUUCUGUGCCAGGACUGGGGACCACUCAGCUAGGAUGUGACGCAAGCCUUGAAAAUUCAAGGUCAAAUGAAGAUUUGGUGUUAAGCGAGUGGUGUGACCUUGGUGUCUUGUGAAGGUGUUUGUUAUGUUGUCUGUCAAGGAGACUGGAA